AUGAUCUCCACACUACAGAAAACCAUCAGACCAUUGCUGGCCAUCAGAGGGCUGCACAAGUCUGCAGUAGAUGUCUUAAAGCAUCCGGCCCCAGAAGAGACAGUCACAUCUAGCUUUGGGAAGUUCAUCAGUGAGGUGAGGCCUCAGCACCUGUCCUCUCUGGUGCUCCACCGCAGCAAAAGAAUGGUGCUGGACAGCAUCGGAGUCGGCCUGAUUGGCAGCACAACAGACGUCUUUGAGUUGGCACUGCAGCACUGCCAGUGCAUGUAUGCCCCUGAUGACAUCAGCUCUGUGUACGGACGCAGGGGCAUGAGGCUCUCACCGACACUGGCAGCUUUUGUCAAUGGAGUGGCGACUCACUCCAUGGACUUCGAUGACACAUGGCACCCUGCCACUCACCCCUCAGGAGCCGUCCUGCCUGCUGUGUUAGCACUCAGCGACAUGAUGCCUGCUAACAGCAAACCCAGUGGUCUGGACUUCCUGCUGGCAUUCAACGUCGGCAUAGAAAUCCAGGGACGACUGAUGAGGUUCUCUAAUGAGGCCCACAACAUCCCCAAGAGGUUUCACCCUCCCACUGUUGUAGGAACCAUGGGGAGUGCAGCCGCCUGUGCUCGCCUCAUGUCUUUGGAUCCCUCCCAGUGCAGUCAUGCUUUGGCUAUAGCUGCCUCUCUAUCAGGAGCUCCCAUGGCUAAUGCUGCUACUCAGUCUAAACCCCUCCACAUAGGUAAUGCGGCACGUUUGGGGCUUGAAGCGGCUCUGCUGGCUUCACGAGGCCUUGAGGCAAGUUCUCUGGUCUUGGAUGAUGUCGCUGGGGUUGCGGGCUUUAACGCCUUUUAUGAAGAUUAUGUCCCACAGCCACUAGAGCCACCCAGUAAUGACAGCCAUAUGUUCCUAUUAGAGGAGCAGGACAUGGGCUUCAAGCGCUUCCCUGCCCACCUGGGGAUGCACUGGGUGGCAGAUGCUGCAGCCUCGGUCCAUAAGCUCCUUGUGGGCUUUGGACCCGGCACGGUUUCUCCUGAUCAGUUUCAGGACAUCCUGCUCAGAGUCCCCAAAUCAAAGUACAUCAACAGGCCCUUCCCUGACUCUGAACAUGAGGCACGCCACUCCUUCCAGUUUAACGCCUGCAGUGCUCUCCUGGAUGGUGAAGUGACCGUCGAGUCCUUCACACCCACCGCUAUGAGUCGCCCCGACCUUCACGCUCUGCUGAGUCAGGUUCGAGUGGAGCAUCCCGAAGACAACCCAGCCAACUUCAACCGCAUGUAUGGAGAAGUCCAGGUAACACUCACUGGUGGAGAUAUCCUGAAGGGACGCUGUGACACUUUCUAUGGUCACUGGCGUAACCCGCUGACCAAUGAGAGCCUAAGGAAGAAGUUCAGGAACAACGCAGGGGUGGUGCUUCCUUCAGAGAAAGUUGAGAGGCUGAUCGAUGCGGUGGAAGAGCUGGAAAGACUCAGGGACUGCAGGGCCCUUCUCUCACAGCUGCAAUAA